UUUUUGUUCACUUUGACUUUCUAGAAGCAGAGGUUAUUUUACGGUUUCUCCUUCUUUCAACUGGUCAUCGGCUCUGCAGUUUUUUUUGAUGGUUUUUCAUUUUGAAUCGGCAGUUAUCGGCAGUUCGCAGCGCUCUCCAACCUUGGGCGCCUAAAACCAUCCCUAUAAAUUCCCAAUCAAUUAAUGCAUCACCCAUUUUCCCAAUCAUUCCUCUCCCAUACUCUGAACUCUCACCGUAACCGUAGAGAUCGGUGCCGUUCUUCAUUGGCUUUUGCUUCAUAGGGGAUAAUGACGACCGCCCAUGGAGAGACUGUUGAACAUCGGGAAUGGCCAUAGAUCUUCCUCUCGGUUCAAAAUAUCCGAAAGUAUACCAAAAGAAGAUAACAAUCAGAAGAAUUCUCUGAUCACUUUCAAGAUAACAUAUGCUAAUAUUGAUUUUGAUGUAGGUGGUUGGUAGAUGAAGUACGAGAAACUUAACCUAAAGUCUCAUUUUGAGAUGAUGAAAUCAAUUAAGUGCUUCCUUGCUGGUUUGAUAAUUAGAAGCUGGAAUAUCAGGAUGAAGCCAUUGAAUAUUUGAACCGGCUCCAAAUGUAAGUACAGGUACAUGUUUCUUGAUGCACAUCAUGUUAUCUUUUCAUCAUUGUGUGUUUAGUUUGAUGAAUUGGAUCAUUAGUAUAACAUAUGAUUGAUUUUGUUUCAAAACUUAACUGAUGAUUCUUAAUCAUCAUGUAUGAUGAUGCAUUGCUGACACUUACCGUGAGAAACGGGUUCGGUUUGCCACCUGUUUAUGCACAAGAACAAGGGAUGCUAAGGGGAGUGGGAAUAAGAACUGGUAUAUAAUGGGGGAAUGGGAAUAGAAUGCAAAAAGGGAUACAAAUUGCCAAAGAUAAAGCAAAAGGUUCUCAAUGUGAAGGGAAUUUGGUAUUAUGCCCAACCACAUUGGCAUGACGUCAUCAACCCGCAUGAUGAAAACAUAUCCCCGUUUUAGCUCAGAUUUGGCAAAUGGGAAGCAGUAUAAAUAUCCCAAUCAUUCGACAUCAAUGAAGGUUAUGGAUUUGUGGAUGAGAUUAAUGCUUCAGCCACUUAUCAAUGGUGGGAGGGAUCAAUUUGUAGUAUUCUUGUGUUCCUUACUUGUCCUCUUGUAUGGUCACACAAACAAUGGAGGCGAAAGAUGAAUUUACAAAGGAAUACGGGAAUUUGUUAGAUCGUAGUAUGAUCAUGCCUGCUUAUGCUCUUGUCGUUAACGUACUCUAUAUGAAGCUCGUAAGGUUACUUCAGCUCUUUGUGGUUAUUUAGUUUUUUUUAUAUAUAUAUCUGAAGUCCCACACAUUUUGCUUGGUUGUAAACAAAAAAUAUUUUUAUAAAAAUGUAAAUAAAAUAUUUAUUUUAUUAUACCCUAAUAAUUCCCGUCCACCGGACGGGUAUAGAACUAGUUGGAAAAUAGGAUCGAAUUAGGCCCAAAUGAUGACUUCCAGUUAAUUUACUAAAAAUUAAAAUUAAUUGGAAAAUAAACACACGUAUAUGGGUAUUUCAUAACUCUUAAACCCUAAUAUCACGUAAACCCUAGAAAUUUGUAAUAGUCAAAAUCGCAAUGUCAGACCACAUACCUUUGGAAAUCCAAUCGAAAAUCAUCAACACGCUUCCUGUGAAAUCAUUGCUUCGACUUCGAUCCAUCUGCAAAUCAUGGAAGUCUCUGAUCGAUAGUUCUGAUUUCAUUGAACAUCAUAGCAGCCAACAGCAACAUCUGCUUGUAAGUUAUUAUGAUAAUGAUUAUGAGCAAAAGUAUGUUUCAAUUGUUGAUGAUCAUACUUUUCCUCAACAGAAAGUUUUCCUAACUGUCCCUGUGUCUGUUAAGAAGAUGCUUGAACAUCAUCCUAGGAUAAUCAGCAGUUGUCAUGGCUUGGUGUGUUUCUACUGCGAUAGUACUCGCACGGCUGUUAUUUGGAAUAUUGCACUUAGAAAAUCAGUUGCUGUUGUUGUACCUGCAAGUAAUGCAUAUAAAACAGCUAUAGGUUUUGGGGUUUGUCGUGAGACUAAUGACCCUAAGAUUGUCAAGAUUAGAUAUAUUGGCUGGUGGAGGAGUGUGGAUAUCAAUGCUACUUACAUACCUUCGCAGGUUGAGGUUUUUACGUUAAGUACGGGGGCUUGGAGAAGUCCAUUUGGCAGCAAUCUCCCUAGAACAUCAUUUCAUUAUUAUCACGAUGAUGAGGUAGUUAUAGAUGGAGUUUUUUAUUGGCUUGCUACUAAUAGCAACACCAUGUUGAUUGUUUCAUUUGAUAUGACAAGUGAAGAAUUCAGAGAAAUAACCUUACCAGAUGAUUUAUCACAAACUCAUUGGAAUCGUAUUUCCAUGUCGUAUCUAGGGAACUCUCUUGUUGUGUGUGGAUGCGAUAAACAUGCCAUUUAUAGGGGUUUAUGUGUAUGGGCGAUGAGGGGUGGUGUGUCAAACUCCUUUACAAAGCUAUUCACGAUCACACCAAAUGAAGAUGCUACACCAAGGGGGUUUCGGAAGAGUGGUGAGCCUAUAGUUGCUAUUCGAGGAGAACAUGGAUAUGGGAUGGCUGUUUACGAGCCUUACUCAAAACACAUCGAUUAUCUUGGGAUUGCUGGAGAAGAUUGCUCAUUUAAAGUGUAUCCCUACACGGAAACACUAUUUCUGUAUGGUCAACCAGAUAGAGCAAGGUAUAGCGAUUGAGGUGCAAUACAAGGUGGAUUUGGUUUCGUCACUUAUUAAUCCGUAUGACCUUCAACCACCUCAUGUUGCAAGUGCUGAAUGUAGGUCAUUCAAGGUUUAAUAUCAAGUUUUGGAAUGGUUGAGUGAAAAGAACUCGUCUUUUUAUUUCAAAUGUCUAUCUUUCCCAAAAGGAAAUCUCCAUAUUUUUCUUAUAAUAUCUUGUUAACUUAUAUUAUUUGAGAGAUUUUUUUUUGAACGGCAAAUUUGGAUCACUGACGGACCAUUGGAGUAUCAUCGUGCCAUCAGCGGAACCACCCGAUCAUAUCCAUCUCCACUAGGCAUAAUGCCUAUACAUCAAUUCAGG